AUGAAUCCCUCACCUACUUGUGUUCAAUGUGGACUUCCAUAUGAGACAUUCCUCCAUUGUGUUCGAGACUGUAUUUUCUCUCGAAAUCUUUGGUUCCACCUUGGAUUUAGCAACAUUGAUUUCUUCUCAAUUAGGGAUAAUCAUGAUUGGUUAAACCUUGAUUAUUUGGGUCCUCAAGCCUUUACCUUCCGGCGAGCGCGGAGGCAUCGAAAUUUGAUGAUUUUGAAGACUUGGCCCCUUUAUAGGCUAUCCUACAACAUUCAAAGCAUGGUCGAAGAUUUCAUGUCGUGCUUCACUCCUUCUGUUUCUGUUGUUGCACCGAUUGACAGGUUUGUCAAAUGUAAUAACAAUAACUAUCGUUGCAUCAUACUUAAUGUUGAUGGAAGUUGUCUUGGUUCUCCUGUUCGAGCCACUUUUGGGGGACUUAUCAGGAAUAGCUCAGGCUUUAUUCACGGGUCUUCAGACAUUAUGCUAGCUAAAUUAUAUGUAAUCUAUCAUGGCCUCAUUCUUGCCAAGGAUAUGGCAAUUGAAGAUCUUAUUUGCUACUCUGACUCCUUGCAUUGCAUCAACCUUAUCAAAGGUUCCAUUUCUAAGUUUCAUGUUCAUGCUGUUUUGAUUCAAGACAUAAAUAAGCUACUCUCUCACAACAAUGUUUCUCUUUACCACACUAGGGAAACCACUUAUUUUCUCUUGAUUUGUUACACUAUUUCUUCAAUCCACUUAUUUUAUAUUUGA